AUGUCUACCGACGAGAAAGAGCAAGAUUCUCCAGUUCACGAUGAGCAUCUGGAGACACAAGUACCAGUCCAACAGAACAACAACAAUGGCAAUACCACAUGGCGCGAAGUGUGGGAGCACAGAAGAGUCUUAUUAUGGUGCCUCUUCAUCUUCCUCCUUCCCAUCAAUUUCGGAUACGAAGUGACCACAGUAGGCAACCUUCUCGCUGUCAAUUCUUUCUUGAAAGAAUUUGGAGUGGAGAUUGAUGGAGCUUGGGAAGUUUCAGCUCGAGAUCAACAAAUCUUGAAUGCUGCCAGUACAAUCGGACUAUUCUGUUCGGCUUUCACAACUGGCGUUAUUUCCGAUUUGAUGGGACGAAAGAAAACUAUCAUCGUUGGAUGUUUGAUCUGCGUAGCUGGCAUUCUGACACAGUUCUUCAGUCACACCAUUCUCCAAAUCUUUGGUGGAAAGCUGUUGAGUACAUUCGGUUUUGGGCUAGGUCACUCACUGGGUCCUGUCUUUGUAGCAGAGUUGGCUCCUCCCAACGUGCGAGGUAUAUGUCUGACACUAGUGAACACCAUGAUUGUGUUAGGCGAAUGGCUCAAUUCAUUGGCUAUUCUGGGUUGCCAAAAUCGAUCAGACAGUCUUGCCUGGCGUAUUCCAAUCAUCACACAGUUGGUACCGCCAUCUCUUCUUCUUCUCGGCCUUCCAUUUCUGGCUGAGUCGCCGUCAUGGCUCAUAAUGAAGGACCGUCCAGAGGAGGCUAGAAAGUCAUUUCUCUAUUUCAAUGGACCCAAGUUCGAUGUUGAUGAAGCCAUGGCUAUUACCACAGCUGCUGUCGCGCAAGAACGCGAACUUGCUCGGAGUGGCUCUGCUUGGCUAGAUUGCUUCCGAGGGGAUGAUCUUCGGCGGACUGGUAUAGUGUGCAUGGUUUAUAUCGCGCAACAAUUAGUUGGUGUCAAUUUUGUUUCGGGGUACCUCACUUACUAUUUCAAGCUCGCAGGCGUUAAAGACUCAAUUGCGACUGCACAGGGUGCCUAUGCAGUUCAGCUCUUUGGAAACAUAUGCUCAUGGCCCCUCGUAGACCGCUUGGGUCGUCGGCCGAUGAUUGUCGGUGGUAUGUUCGCGAUAACAAUCGGUCUUUUUAUCAUCGGCUGCAUCAGCAUAAAUGGUUCAGCGGCUGCUUUGAAGGCUACAGUUGCCCUCAUGACAUUAUGGGGAUUCCUGUAUCAAGCCACUAUCGGCGCUGUGGCAUACGCAGUUGGAGGAGAAACACCGAGUCCUCUGUUACGACAGAAAACAUACUCAAUCAAUAUUAUGUCGGCCACAGCUUUCUCCUGUGCUGUCCUUCAAAUCCUCCCAUAUCUUAUCAACACCGACGAGGCCAACAUGGGAGGCAAAGUCUGUUUUGUGUUCUUCGGGCUAUCUGUACCCAUGUGCGUUUACCUUUACUUCUAUAUGCCUGAGUUGAAAGGUCGCACUGUGGCAGAGAUCCAAGAAAUGUUUCAAGCAAAGGUUCCGGCUCGCAAAUUCAAGGGAUAUGUCUGUCAAAAUCAGUUGCAGAUCGAGAAAGACAAGGCCAUAAUGGAAGACGAGUGA